GAGAGUCCUGCAUGGUCUCUGGCAAUAUAGUCUGCGCCAUCGCUAGCUCGCGGCGUCUGGUGGUAUAAUGUACUUAAUUCCCUCAUUCACGGCGGAGACAUGGACUCUCUUAGCUUUGUUCUUUGCCCUAUUACUUACAUAUGGAAUAUGGCCCCUUCGUCUCUUCAGUAAACGUGGGAUUCCUGGACCCAGGCCACUGCCAUUUUUCGGGAAUAUGUUGUCAUUCAGGAGAGGUAUUCAAAAUUUUGAUGUGGAGUGCCGGCGUAAAUAUGGAAGAGUCUGGGGGAUCCUUGAGGGGAGAAAACCCAUAAUUAUGGUCACAGAUCCUGCGGUUAUCAAAACCGUAAUGGUGAAGGAAUUUUACACUUUAUUCACAAACCGAAGGGUUAUUGGCUUGAUGGGGCCCAUGAGCGAUGCUGUAUCCUUGGUGGAAGAUGAAAAAUGGAAAAGAAUCCGCAGUGUUCUUUCCCCAUCCUUCACCAGUGGAAGGCUUAAAGAGGUCUUCCCUAUUGUCCAACAUUAUGCAGAUGCUCUGAUGAACAAUUUGAAAAAAAAAGAUUUGGAGCAACCAGUCCAAAUAAAAGAGAUGAUUGGACCAUACAGCAUGGAUGUCAUUACCAGUAGUUCUUUCAGUGUGGACAUUGACUCAAUCAACAACGCCAACGAUCCCUUCGUUACGCAGAUGAAGAAACUUUUAAAUUUCAACUUUCUGAAUCCGGUCUUUUGGAUAGCAUUUUUGUUCCCUUUCUUGACUCCAGUGGUGGAAAAACUGGGUUUUUCGUUCUUUCCCAGAGGACCUGUGAACUAUUUCUACGACAUUAUUCGCAAAGUGAAGGAUGAACGUCGCAAAGAUGACAGUGAUCGGGUGGACUUCCUGAAACUGAUGAUUCAGUCAGAAAUUUCUGUGGAACAAGCAAACGCGCAUACAGUCAAUCAAGUUGUUAAAGGUCUGACUGAUCAUGAGAUACUUUCCCAGAGUUUUAUCUACGUCCUUGCUGGGUACGAGACCACCAGCGUCACCCUGAGUUUUCUGCUGUUCAAUUUGGCAACCAACCCAGACAGUUUUAAGAAGCUGCAGGAUGAGAUAGAUGAAGUUUUUCCCAACAAGACUCCAGUCACGUACGAGGCGCUGCUGCAGAUGGAGUACCUGGAAAUGGUCAUCAACGAGUCCAUGCGCCUUUGGCCCACUGCCCCGCAUAUCGAGAGGGUUUGCAAGGCGACCGCCGAGGUGAAUGGGUACACCAUCCCCAAGGGCGCAAUCGUGAAAGUGUCCGUCUUCGCCCUGCACCGCGACCCGACAAUCUGGGAAUCGCCCGAUGCCUUCAAACCUGAGAGGUUCAGUAAGGAGAACAAGGAUAACAUUGACCCCUACACCUUCAUGCCAUUUGGAUUCGGCCCACGCAAUUGCAUCGGAAUGAGGUUUGCACUUCUGGUCAUGAAGGUUGUUGUGGUGAUGCUACUUCAGAACUUUGAUAUGGAAACGUGUAAGGAGACUCAGCUUCCACUGGAAUUGACUGCAAUGUACCGACCCAAGAAACCCAUAACACUGAAGUUGGUCCCACGCGAUGCAAAACAAUAGAGAGGUCUCAGCUGGUUGAUUCUUCAUUUCCAGACAUAAUUUUCUGGUAUCGCAUCAGAUGAUUGAGUAAACCACCAGGUAUGACUGGGCAAGAAGUUGAUGACAUUUUCAGCCUGGAUAUAGCAGGUUUGGAGCAAUAGGGAGGAAUUUCUCCUGACAGUGGUUAGUCCAAUACCAGGUAUAUCUAAAAUGGCUUCCCAUGAAUAUGGGGACAUCCUGAUUUUCAAGGUGUGAUGUAUGAUCCUCAGAUUAUGAUUCUGGGGAACUAACAAUAACUAAUAAGAUGUUAAAGCAAUUGCUUUAGCUCUUACAGCAGAAUAAUUAAGAAAUGAAAUCAAAUUAAUGUGUUAAAAAGGCUGAAUUGAAUAUAAAAACAUUGCUUUCACUUCAGGGCUGAACCUUACAGACAAAAACACAGCUUUAUUAAGAAACUUAAAGAAACCACUUUGUGGUUAUGUAACUUCUAAAUGUUUUGUAACUUUGUAAUUAUUUUCAGCUUUAUGGAUGUUUAUAUCAUUACACAUAUUUUUGCUGGCAUUCCACAUGAUUGUAUCAACUAUCCCUAUUUCUGAAGUUAAAUAUAUACCACUGAUUUGUCUCUUUUGGAUAAUUAGAUGUUUAAAGGGUAAAUACAGUGUGUAUCGUCAAAUGUGUGGUAGUCUGCCAGACCCAAGACUGACAAUUUGCUUAAUGGUAGAACUAAGGGCAUUGCUCUUAGUGAUCGAAGUCUAUUGUGAUUCUAUUGUCCUAUAUUUGUUCACAUGUGAAGCUUAACUAACUAGUUCAAUCUAGUGAACUUGUUAUUAUGUAUGGGGUUUAUUUUAAAAGCUUUUUUAAAAGAGCUCUCUGUAUGCCAUUUACAGGCUCUUGCAUCAAGUUGCUUUACCUGUAUGUAACUGUGUCAAAUGUCAGUGAGUCAUUCAUUAGCUAGCACAGUCCAGGUGACAUCAUUAAAAAAGUAUGUUGGACUUUUCUCACAAAACUUACAUUGCAUUAAAUGUAUAAUAAAUAAAAUCUUCCUGUGCCUGUA